GUCAGCAGAAAAAGGUCCAAAAAAUUCGUCGCCUUCAUCCGUACUCCUAUAUUGGGAAAAAAGUUACAGAAAUAGAUAAAUACAAAAUCUCUGAAACGUCUGACCUCGGAUUUCUCGGCUCCUGUUUCUCCAGGAUCGUCUAUCUGUUUAUAAGCUUAGGUAAAUAUAAAUUUAAGUUAAGCUUAUAAGAAUUUUUUCUCUGUUAAAGAGAGAAGGUCCUGGUUCGGGAAGCUACUCGAACUUCUGCGAGCUUUUUGUAUCUCUCCUUAGCCAUCUCGAUUCCAUAGGUUACAAUUUUCAAAGUUUCUUGGAUCGAGUUUGAGAAUUGUUGAGACCACUGGGUGGAAAAGGAGUUUUAAGGGAUUAAAGUUGACUGAAGUAGGUAAUUAUGGGGUCUUUUUGUUGCUGUUUGAGGGAUGAAUGUGAAGAGUUUGGUAAUCCGAACAGCUCGAUUUAUAGGAACUGUAUAUGUCUUCAAUGCUUCCUUCAGAACUUCUUACAUCUGUGAAAAUCCACAGGUCGUGUGUGGACGCAACUCUCACGUUAAGACCGAACCACUAUAUAUUUUAUGCAUCAUUGUUUCAUAGAGGGGGAGAAUAUGUGAUUCCUUCAUCCACUCAAGGGACGGCAUCUUUGAGUUCUUCUGCAUCCCUUGAUAACUCUAUAGCUGAUAUGUACCACUCUCCUCCAAGACCUCUGCCUUAUGAUGUAGAUCCAAGAUAUUUCCGCUUGCAGCGUGAUGAACUGGUCUCUAGAAUGGAGAAAGGCUCGACUCAUUCACACGAAGAAACUGAACCGCUAAGAAGAAGUGAAGUAGAUGACGAUUCUGAAUCUUUAAUUAACACAAAGAAAUGGAAAGAGUUUGAAUGUGAAGAAGGAUCAGAAAAGUAUGAUUCUAAAUCGCCAGUAAAGCUUUCAACAGCUAAAACAACCACAGGAUAUGCUCAUAUUUACACUUCUUCAGAAGAUGAAGAUGUCUGCCCUACAUGUCUUGAGGAGUAUACUAUUGAAAACCCCAAGAUAAUUUUGAAAUGUUCUCACCAUUACCAUCUCGGUUGUAUUUACGAAUGGAUGGAAAGAAGUGAUAGUUGUCCAGUUUGUGGCCAGGUGAUGGCAUUUGACGAAACUUGAUCUUUUCUGAAAAUUCCACUCAUGGGAGAAACCAACCAAGAACAAGAACAGAAAGGGAAAUGAAGACAUCAGAUUCUGAAAAUGUGAAGUCGUUGUGAAUACGCAUGCUUAAAUUGUUGAUUUCUUAUGCUGACAUUUGAGUUUCGACUCAGUACAUAUAAGAUUUUCUUCCAAUGAUUUGCCGUUUCCUAUUGUACUUUGUUCAAGAUACAAGUUUUUAGUUGCACUUCUCUUCAAAGAAGAGAAAUUGAUCUUAAACGGAUCAAAGAGUAUCCUAUUAUUUCAAGGUUGCAUUGA